AUGGCUGUUUCUCUCCCUCCCUCCUCCCCUCUGCAGACAUGCCUUGAAUUGGAACGCUACCUACAGACGGAGCCCAGGAGGAUCUCGGAGACCUUCGGGGAGGACUUGGACUGUUUCCUGCACGCCUCGCCGCCCCCUGGCAUCGAGGAGAGCUUCCGGCGCUUAGACCCCCUGCUGCUGCCCGUGGAGGCCACCAUCUGCGAGAAGAGCUCGGCAGUGGACAUUUUGCUCUCUCGGGACAAGUUGCUGUCUGAGACCUGCCUCAGCCUCCAGCCAACCAGCUCUUCCCUAGACGGCUACGCAGCCGUCAACCAGGCCCAGCUCAACGCAGUGACCUCAUUAACGCCCCCGUCGUCCCCCGAGCUCAGCCGCCAUCUGGUCAAAACCUCGCAGACUCUCUCAGCCGUGGAUGGCACGGUGACGUUGAAACUGGUGGCCAAGAAGGCCGCGCUCAGCUCGGUGAAGGUGGGAGGGGUGGCCACAGCAGCAGCCGUGGCGGCGGUUAAGAGUGGACAGAGCGACAGCGAACAAGGAGGGGUCGGGGCCGAGGCAUGCCCUGAAAACAAGAAGAGAGUUCAUCGCUGUCAGUUUAACGGGUGCCGGAAAGUUUACACAAAAAGCUCCCACUUAAAGGCCCACCAGAGGACUCACACAGGUGAGAAGCCUUAUAAGUGCUCAUGGGAAGGGUGUGAGUGGCGUUUUGCACGAAGCGAUGAACUCACGAGGCACUACAGGAAACACACAGGUGCAAAGCCCUUUAAAUGCAACCACUGCGACAGGUGUUUUUCCAGGUCGGAUCACCUGGCCCUCCAUAUGAAGAGACAUAUCUGAAGACCGACAGGCCAGAAUCGUCAUGGCGUCGGCUGCUGUCUGAAGGAAAGGCCGUGAGGCAGGGGACUGGACUUCAGGCGGGGACCCAGUGCCUCGCAGAAGAAAGUUCUCACUUAUAAACCUCUGUGCACACACACACUCACACAGAUACACGCACAUCCCCACUGUCAUGCACUCAACUAUAUUUAAAAUAUAUACGUCUAUUCUCUACGCCUUGCCCUAGCCAGAUGGUAGAAGAUGGAGACAAGGCAAGCAGGUGAACUCAGCAGGGCAGACGGGCUGCCUACUCAGCACUAUUGGAACCACUCCCCCGUUGUUGCCAAUGGAAAUCAAAGAACUUGGAUGUGUUGUCUCGGCAGGUGGAUGGCAGUAAGAGGGCCGAUUCCAUGCGCUUCUCAGUGCAGCCAGACGGGAGGACACAACGUCAUAAAGUUGCGUGUGUGUUGCAGUGACGUUUCUUUUGAAAUAGUUGAGGGAAACCUGACCUAGAAAAACCAAAUUGCAGUUUGGUAGCCAAAAUGAACUCUUGGUUUAUUUGUCCUUUGUGUGUGAAAAGCCCUACCGCUCCGUGCGUCAGUCAGACUUCCUCACGGGACUCUUGAUCGGUUGGGUUCUUCUUAGCACGCUCGAGAUCUUUCGAGUCAAUACCAACGGCCUUAGUGGCGGCAGACUCCGGAAUGACACCUAUCACCUUUCUGGCCUGCAUUUCUCUAGACUUCACUCUAAAGGGAGGAGUUGGUUUUUUUAUUAUUUCUGUUUUUUCUUACUUUGUUGACUCUUGCACACCAUAUGCACUAGGGAUUCCGGAAACUUCUAGCAUGACUGCAGAGUGGCCAAGAGGAUAAAGUCCUUGAUGAAAAUGACAGUCUAUCCCUUGAGCCUCACCUUUAUUGCCAGUGCUAGAUUUUUUCUUUUUAAUCUCUCUGUUUUUUGCUAACGAAAACUUGAAAAGCUGAUUUGGAAGCUUAAAUGUUUUACCUUUUCUCCAUGGACUAACCUUCUCCGGGACCGUCUCGGCACCUGGAGGCCCAGCUCUCAAAGCAGCCAAUCAGAUGGGACAUCGCGUUCUCAUCCUCCUUGCGGCACGAUGACCUCAGCUCCGAGUCAUCGACCACUGUGUUGUGUGUCAUUGCGACCCUAAAACCAGUCACCGCAUAGAUGUCGCUAGUCUCAAAGGGCAGCUGCAUAUAUAACCUAACUUUGGGUUACCACCUGACAAAAGCCAAAAAUACGACUCUUUCCAGGAGUGGGGGAAACGGAGGAUUCCUCCCAGGUCUAGGGGCUUCACCAAACAUCAUCCAAACGCCCUCUCUCACAUGACCCCCAGAGCUCAUAGGACCCUACCUGUUAAAAUGCACACCUCAGAAAUGCCAUGGUGGGAAGGAAGGGUUGACCUUUCAGGAAAGGGUUGAGGUGUCUCUCUCUUGGGCAAACGGGAGAGACGUCUUUCUAGAACUUUUUGGCGGGGUCCACCAUGACUUGUGAUGUAGGACACCCAGGACCAACAGAGGGCUCACUUUCACUCGGCAAGCUGACUCCAGGGGUUGACCUUCCUCACUUUCCAUCCCACCCCCACCCACCCCAUGUCGGUUUCCAUCUACCCUCGUUCUUAGCGAGCUGGCUCUGGCCUCAACUCCAAAGACUGCCUUUGGGACCAUCCAAUGGCCUAUGCAAGCAAGCGGGGUGGUUAUUGGGACAGAUUGUAUAUUUUGUAUAUUCUGGGACCAUCCCUUCAAGACAUGUCUCAAACACACAGAUGGCAUUUGGUCCACCCGUGGUUGCUGCUCCUUUCUCCCAGCUGGCUUCCCUCCUGUUGGACUCACUGACUGUUAAAAUGCCACCCUGUGUACACUGGGGAUGCAAAACAGAAGUCAUUGAAAAGGAAACCAUACUAUAAGAAACACAAACCCACACAUGACAGCAACCUUCAAGAUCCUUGGCAUUUUGGUUCUUCGGCUUUCUGCAUCUUUUGAUUUCUCUGACAUGUUGAAACCGCUCAUCGCAGGGUAAAGAAGCCUCUGUAUCACCAAUGCUGUACAUAACCAGUUGGAUAUCUGUGGCAGUUCGAGGUCUGGCCCUUAGAAUCGUCUUCUCUUGUUUUCUUUUGUCAAUUCAGACCAAAAAAGGGAAAAAGAAGUGAAUAAAAACACCCACCCUAAAACACACAAAAUCUACCCACUUGCCGGAGGCAAUUUCCUAUAUGUUAGUUGGAAGGUAUUAAAAGGAAAUCAGUUUUAUUCCAAAGAUUGAAAAACCUAGACAUAGAAAUAAUUUCUGGAGCACUGCUUGCUGACAAUCUCGUAGUUAUCAACUGCAGUUGAGUGCAUUUAAUGGCCAUGAGGGCGUCCAAUCGUUGAAUGUGUGGUACCUCCUUUCUGGAUGAAGGGUAUGGGAGGCGUCUGGAACCUCAGCCGCAUUAACCCGCAGCACCUCCAGUCAGUGCACUAGACGAAACUUCAGACUAACUAGACUGUGUUGCCUCUUUUGUUUUCCCCUCCCGAGCAGCCUCCAGUGUGAAUGCACGCACACCACUGAUGGUAUUUCUUGGCCCUGACUGCCAAGACUUAGAAAUGUUCUCUCCAGGGCUGGAGCUGCUCUUGUUAGGUGUUUAGAAUACUUAAGUUGAUUUUUGAACUGACCAAUGCAAGGAUGUAUGACAAGGAAAGUUUUUGGUUG